UCCCUAUUUCCACCCUGGAUUUUAUUCUCUCUUCCAAAUUCCAAUCCAUUUCUUCAUUCACCGCCACGCUCUUCUCUUCUCUUCUCAGGGAGUGCAGUGGAUGGAUCAGCAAUAUAACAAGUGUAUACAAGUUUUGACCAAUCUAACCUUUUAUAAAUCAAUCUGAACCAUUUGAUAUAAGAAUCAAGGGUUACAAAUUUGCAGCAGAGAGCUGCAUAGAUUAGAAUAUGGCUGCAUAGGAUCAAGAUAUUGAGUUUUGCUAGAUAUGGGUUCGUUUUUCAGUGUGCCAAAUACCAAAUCUGAUACAGGUGACAGGGAAGGAGUCUCUCCAAAUGAGGCAUGUAAGAGGCAAAGAAUGUCACCUACACUUUAUGAAGAGAGUCCAAGACUAAUUCCCAAUCUCCCUGAUGAGUUAUCACUGCAAAUUAUUGCUAGACUUCCUAGGAUUUGUUACUUGAAUGUAAAACUGGUUUCAGAUAAGUGGAAGUCAACUAUCACGAGUUCGGAACUAUAUAAAGUAAGGAAAGAACUCGGGACAACCGAAGAGUGGCUAUAUCUGUUGGUUAAGGUUGGAGAAAACAAACUAAUGUGGCAUGGUUUAGAUCCUCGUUCUCAGAUAUGGCAGAGACUGCCCAAUAUGCCGCAUGUUGUUGACGAAGAAGAAACUAGAAAGGGUUCUUCUAGGCUCUGGAUGUGGAACAUGGUGGAAGGUAUCAGAAUUGCUGAAGUUAUUAGAGGUUUUCUUGGACAGAAGGAUGGAUUUGAUGAAAUGCCCUUUUGUGGUUGUUCAAUUGGAGCUGUAGGUGGAUGUUUGUAUGUUCUAGGUGGAUUCUCUAAAGCUUCAACUAUGAGAUGUGUCUGGUGUUUUGAUCCAAUGCAAAAUGCAUGGAGAAAAGUGGCUUCUAUGUCUACAGGGAGGGCAUAUUGUAAGACAGGGAUCUUAAACAACAAGCUUUAUGUUGUUGGAGGGGUUAGUCAAGGUCAAGCAGGACUAGUACCUCUUCAAUCUGCUGAAGUUUAUGAUCCCUCUACAGAUACAUGGUCAGAUGUGCCUAGUAUGCCAUUCUCAAGAGCUCAAGUCCUUCCCAGCGCAUUCCUCGCUGACAUGUUAAAGCCUAUUGCUACCGGUUUGACCUCAUAUAUGGGAAGGUUGUGUGUUCCACAGAGUUUGUAUUCAUGGCCCUUUUUUGUUGAUGUUGGGGGUGAAAUCUAUGAUCCUGAAACAAACUCAUGGGUAGAAAUGCCAAAUGGAAUGGGAGAGGGUUGGCCUGCAAGGCAAGCAGGUACAAAAUUGAGUGUUGUGGUGGAUGGUGAACUCUAUGCUUUUGAUCCUUCUAACUCAAUGGAUAGUGGAAAGAUCAAGGUGUAUGAUCAAGGAGAAGAUGCUUGGAAAGUAGUUAUUGGGAAAGUUCCCAUAUAUGAUUCUGUUGACUCAGAGUCUCCCUAUCUACUUGCUGGUUUCCAUGGGAAGCUACAUGUCAUCACAAAAGAUGCCAAUCAUUAUAUUACUGUUAUGCAGGCUGAUUUGGAUUCUUCACCCUCAACUCUCUCAAAAAGUUCCACUGCUGAAUCAGAUGCAAUUGUUUGGAAGAUAGUUGCUACUAGGGGUUUGGGGGAAGCUGAACUAGUUAGUUGCCAAGUUGUUGAUAUCUAGCUGGAAACCACUUUAUAAAUGUGAUAAUCUUAGAGGGUGUCCUUUUUGUUGCAAGUUACAUGAGUUAGCCUCAUGGGUUGAGUCCACUUGUAUUUAUUUUAGAGUCUCAGGUGUCACCAAAAUGAAGUGAUAUUAUAGUUUGCUUGUA